AUGCUGUCCCACAAGCCAUGGUUAGAUCCUACAAUGCUUGGAGAAGCAAAGAUUUUAGUGGAAGUUGAGCUUGAUAAGCCUUUCGCUCAAAAAAUCGCAGCAUGGGAUAACCAAGAAAAUUAUGCUAUGAUUGACGUUGAAUACUCUUGGCUUCCUUCCAAGUGUGAGAAAUGUGGUCAUCUUGGACACAAGGCAAAGAGAUGUUUAUCCAUAUCACAGCAAAAGGCUCCAGCAAAGGAUCAAGGAGCGGUUGUUGUCAAUGUUUCUGCAUCUCCUCCAAUCGUUGAUGCUCCUUCUCUUAAAGAAAUUCCUAUCACUCAUUCUAUGGACGACCAGGUACCACCAACGAAUGUGAUCAAUACCAUCUCUAAGGAGGCUGUUGUCUCAGCUACAAACAUUGUUAUAAGCAAAGUGGGUUCUUCAGUAAAAAGUGUGGCUAAUGAGGAUGGCCUAGUUGGAUCCUCUGUUCAAGAUGCGUCUACUGAGGUGGAAUUCACGCCUGACCCUUCUGCAACUAUGUUUUCAUCUUCUACACCUACUAUUGACAUGUUUUCUUCUCUGGCGACAGUCACAGUACUUGAGAACAUGUGUAACUCACCUUCAAUUAUCUGUAUCAAUGACUCAAUUGAGACUCUACAUCUGGAGCCUCCCCAAAAUUUAUCAUCCACCUCUGUCCCUAAGGAAGUUUCUACAGGCACAAGAGAUGAUAGUGGUAAUGUUGAGCCCGACCUGGGUUCUAAUAAAUUUGCUUCUUUGAUCAAUGUGGAUGACGAGGAAGAUACACUGGAAUCUGAAAAUGAAUUGGAAUCGAUGGAUUACUUGACACCUUCGGGAAAAAGAAUCCUUCGAGAAAGGCCGGUCAAACCGACAACAAAGGCUAGGGAGAUGCAAUCGCAACACUCAAGCCGGGGACGGGGAAACCGAGGGCGUGGAAAUCGUGGGAGGCGUGGCUAG